AGUCCACACUAAUCGAGAAAGCGACAGAAGAAGAAGAUUGCCUUAGUAAGAGUGAAGCGAUAUCAAUUUCUCUAACCCAAAAUUCUCCCGGAGAAGCUUCUAUGAAUGACAUUGUUAGUGUUCGUUUCGUCGUCUUUCGCCUCCAUUGCUAGACUUCCUCUGUGACAGUUUCUCUCUUCUUCCCCUUUACUUCGUUUUUUUCUUUUCUUUUCCGCAAUUCCAAUAAGUUCUCUCAUCUCUUCUAUGGAGAUUUGAAGAAAAGGCGAUUACUUUGGCUGCCGAAUCCCAAUUAUCAUCUAGGAUUUUCGAAAGUCCAUUAGCAGUAGUAGAUUGAUUCAAGAACAUCAUUACUGUCUUAUACUGUGAACAUGGUGACUCUUUCCAAGUCUCAUGUCAUUCUAAUCCCAUUACUCUUCUUCGUUUCGCCAUUGCUCUCCACUUCGACACCUAUCAACAUUUGGCCAAAGCCAAGAUAUCUCUCAUGGCCUCAACAUAAAGCCGUUGUCCUCUCUCCAGAAUUCACCAUCAUUGCCCCUAAACACCAAUACCUUUCAGCCUCUGUAACACGUUAUCUCAACCUGGUCCGCUCUGAGAACUACUCGCCACUCGUUACACAUCCUGUCAAACUUAUGAAAGGUUACACCUUGAGCAACCUUAAAGUCAUUGUUACUGAUCUUUCUCUUCCGCUUCACCAUGGUGUUGAUGAGUCUUAUAACCUAUCCAUCCCCAUUGGCAGCUCUUCUGCCCACUUGUUAGCUCGCUCGGUUUGGGGAGCUAUGCGUGGCCUUGAGACAUUCUCUCAGAUGAUUUGGGGAACAUCUCCUGAUUUGUACUUACCAGUUGGAAUUUCUAUUCAAGAUUCUCCUCUGUUUGGCCACAGAGGCGUUUUGCUCGACACAUCCAGGAAUUACUAUGGAGUAGAUGAUAUAAUGAGAACAAUUAAGGCCAUGAGUGCAAACAAACUCAAUGUGUUCCAUUGGCAUAUCACUGACUCGCAAUCUUUUCCGUUAGUGCUUCCUUCUGAACCUUCACUCGCUGCAAAAGGAUCUUAUGGACUAGACAUGGUAUACACUCCUAAGGAUGUCUCAAAGAUUGUUCAGUAUGGUUUUGAGCAUGGAGUUAGAGUACUUCCUGAAAUAGACACUCCUGGCCAUACAGGAUCAUGGGGAGAAGCUUACCCGGAAAUUGUGACAUGUGCCAACAUGUUUUGGUGGCCUGCUGGUAAAAGUUGGGAUGAGCGGUUAGCUAGUGAACCAGGGACUGGUCAGCUUAACCCCUUGAGUCCUAAAACAUAUGAUGUUGUUAGAAACGUCAUACAAGAUGUUGUUAAGCAAUUUCCAGAAUCGUUCUUCCAUGGAGGUGGUGAUGAAGUCAUCCCAGGCUGUUGGAAAACUGAUCCUGCCAUCAAUUCUUUCUUGUCCUCUGGUGGAACACUAAGUCAGCUUCUUGAAAAGUACAUAAACUCCACAUUACCUUACAUAGUGUCAAAGAACCGUACAGUUGUUUACUGGGAAGAUGUUCUGCUGGAUGCACAAAUCAAGGUGGAUCCAUCGGUUCUACCAAAAGAGCACACAAUCUUACAGACUUGGAAUAACGGUCCUGAGAACACAAAGAGAAUCGUAGCUGCUGGUUACAGAGUAAUUGUCUCUUCAUCAGAGUUCUACUACUUAGACUGUGGUCACGGCGGGUUUCUAGGGAAUGAUAGUAUAUAUGAUCAGCGAGGAGGAGGUGGUGGGUCUUGGUGUGCACCUUUCAAGACGUGGCAGAGCAUAUACAACUAUGAUAUAACUGAUGGUUUGCUCGAUGAGGAAGAGAGGAAGCUGGUACUAGGAGGAGAAGUUGCGUUAUGGUCAGAGCAAGCUGAUUCGACGGUUUUAGACUCACGGCUUUGGCCACGUGCCUCUGCUUUGGCAGAGAGCUUGUGGUCAGGGAAUAGAGACGAGAAAGGUGUUAAGAGGUGUGGUAAAGCUGUGGACAGGUUACACCUGUGGAGGCAUAGGAUGGUAAUUAGAGGGAUUGGAGCUGAACCAAUUCAGCCAUUGUGGUGUUUGAAGAAUCCUGGGAUGUGUAAUACAGUUCAUGGCGCUCUUCAAGAUCGAUAAACGGAGAAAGUUUCGAAAUUUGAUUGUUGUACUUUGCUUUGUAGUAGUUAUGGGUUGUAAUACUUACAUGCUGAAGUUUGUGGUCUUUUGUAUGAAUAGUUAAAAGUUAUUGGGUCAAAGUGUAAAUAUUCAUUAUUUACCGGACCUUACAAACAAAAAAUGUCAUAACUUCGUUCUCUUCCAAAGUCUGUAUUUUUCAUU